AUGGGUCGCAAGGCAACAAGAGGGAGUCAAUUGAGCACAGAGCCGAAUCCGCUGGCUGCCAAAGCUGCUGCGCUUAUGUACCAAAAGAGUGUGAACCACGGCAAUAGUAAUGGUAGCAAUUUGGCAAGCAACAAGCCGUCUACUCCCGCCCCUCCCGUUUCACAAAGAAGAGUUACGAAAAAACAAGAGUCUACAGGGCCACACAGCGAGAAUCAUUCCUCAGCUGACAAUCUGGCUCAUCUGAAAGCUUCAGGGAAAUCUUCGAGUUCCAAUACAGACAUCAUAUCACCAUCUGCAUCAAUUCAGGAAGGAAUGAAUAGUGCUCUUGUUGCAGCUAUGAAGGUUGCCACCGAUAGUCCAGGCUUAAUGGUAUCUCAAACCACCCACCCAACUAUCAACCCAAUCAGAAUUCCUGCUGCAGGCUCAUAUCCGCCAUCCGGCAAUACAGAGUUGCAUUCUCAGAAACAACAUUCAUCAAGUACGUUGUCAAAAACAUUGCUAUCAACUCCAAAGCCCUCGUACCCUGCAUCGCAGAAACUGAGCUCUUCCCCUUGCUCAUUAGCUUCCAGUAUUUCAAACAUGUCCGAUACCAAGUUGCCUUAUUCUUCAAACCAUUUAGCAAUUCCGAAUCCUAAAAUGAAAUCUGUCACAAGUUCAAGCGAUGCGCUGUUGGAGGAGCCCGCAGCCUCUAGAAUGCCUACAGAGAACAACUCUCCUCAGUUACUAUAUUCUCCUCUGGUUUUUCCAUCCACAAUUCCGAAUCUUUCAGGGGAUCUAUCCGAUGCCGGUUCUACCAGACCAUCUCGCAAGCCUCCAGCUCAAAUAAAUGACGACUGGUCCGACACCAAUUCUAUAGGGUCUUCGAUAGCUUCGUUGAUUCGCUCAGCACCACCAGUUUCAUCAUCUAUGCCAUCGAAUGACUUUAAAGAUUAUGAAAUACCAGCGCAGCCGUUAAUAUACCCUCAAAGGCGCAAACCACCACCGAUAGAUAUAGAUUCAAACUUAAGUGACAGUGAAUCUGAUCCGGAGGAGGAGAUAUCCGAGGUCGAAGAUACAGGAAUACCGAAGUAUACAAUUGGCCUUCAGCACCAUUAUCCUCAUACUGAAGAUCAUGAUUUCCGUCAUCCACACCACCAGCAUUAUCAUCCGAAGAAUAGCAAGCUUAAGAAAAUAUUUGGACUCAAAAUGAAUAGGGCUUCUAGAAGCGAAGUUUCACUGGAACAUACUGUGCAGCUUAGAAGUACCAUGCGUAAAGAAAAACCUAAGCGUACAUUCAACGAAGAUAAACCUUGGAAACAUCGAACAAAAAAUAACGUCAUAGUACCACAAGAAGCUAAGAGGUACCAAGGAGUAUGGGCUGCUAAUCGAGGACUAAUUUUACACAGAGAUGAGAAGGACGGCAAGUCAAAAUCUCGUCAUAUUGAUCCAUUGCAGGCAGCAAAGAUUUCAUUUGCGUCGCAAGACGAUGAAGAUUCAAGUCAGCUUAUGCCAAACAUCGUCGUUAGAGAAUUGUGGAGAAGAUCACGAUUACCUGAAUUCACGCUAUCCAAAAUCUGGGACUUGGUUGCUGAUUCUAAUAAGAACUAUCUUCGUAAAAAUGAGUUUAUUGUUGGAACGUGGCUGGUUGACCAAUGUCUCUAUGGAAAAAAGUUACCUCGUACUAUUGAUGAAAGUGUCUGGAACAGCCUGAAUCACGGAGGAGUAAACGUAAAAGUUAAAUAG